AUGUCGGCGCCCUCAAUGAACAUCACCGACUCCGAGUUCCAGCGAGAAGUAGAGGCGCUCAAAUCGCAUCGACGGCUCUCGGUCAACCGCCCCAUCCUCGAUCCGGACCUGCCAGACCUUGCUGCGGUCCAUGGUGGAGGACAGGAGCUACUGUCGGUGCCGUCACCGGAGCGCGAGCGUGAACGCAGGGGCGUCAAUCUCGUCGACGAAGGGGCCGUCGGUGGGCUGGAUGCCUCGGCGCGCCCGUUGGCCCAGCGCAAAGGGUCUGGCAGCGAGCGUGCCCGCUUCACCGCGAGGAGAAGAGGACUCGGCGCCGAGCGACCCGGAUCGCCCGACUCGAUCGGAGGUCGAGAGGCGGGGCGCUCGCCCUCGCCGAGCUCGAGCCUGGGUCGCCGCUCGUCGAGCCGCAGCAGCCAGUUUGACCCGUCGCGGCCGCAGGACCCCAGCCACCUCUUCUGGGUGCCGGCCUCGGUGCAUCCCGAGAUCUCGCCGGCCGACUUCCGCAACUUUCUCAAGGACCAUGCCGCUCGGACGUACCGCCCCGAUAACGACGCCGACGACGACGAGAGCAGCGGAGGCGAGGGGAGUGUUCUGGCGCAGAGGACCCCGCGCAGCGCUGCAUACGGCCCCAACGUGCCGAUCUUGACCAUCGACGACCUGCAAAAGCUGGAGCAGCUGGCCGAGGAGGCGAGCAAGAGCGACGACCCGACGAAGCUGCGGAGCGUCCUUCGCCGCACACUCAGCAUCGACACCUCACCGCUGGCGUUCGACCAAGCCGACGAUGUCCGCCCCAACACAGGGGCUGACGACGCCGACGCGCCCAUCAUCGUGCCCAGACCUGGCCAAAUCCUUCGCCGCGCGGUCCGCACCAAGAUCCGCAAGGCGUCGCUGUCCGGCGACAGCCGAGCUGGCAGCCUCGCUGCUCGCCGGAAAGAGUCCGGCAACGACGGCCAGGCCGACCUCGAUGCAGCCUCGGCACUGGGCGAAGUCACUGCGGCCGCUGGAACGGCCUCGGGGCCCUCAGGCGAUUCGGGGUCGGCCACGAUGGAGCGGAGACAAAGCAACCAGUCCGAGAUGUCCUCGGGCCCCGAAGACGAGUCGAGCUUCGGCGAAAGCUCGCGGCCGCUGUCCGACGAAGCGACUGACUCCAUCGUCGACGCCUACUCGCGCGACUCGUACCAUUCGGACGCGUCUCAGAGGACGAGCCUGACGUCUCUGGCCGAGACGUUUUCCGACGGCAGCCUCGCCUCUUCAAUCAAGCUCGGGAGCCGAAGCCCCUCGCCGCCACAGACCCCAACGCAGGCGUCAGUGGCCACCGCAGCGAAGCAGGGCUACUUCGACAUCGCGGGUGACGGAGUCGACGCGCAGGCCGGCCGACUCAAGGCCGACCAGGCGGCAGAAGCGGAAAUGCAGACCGUUCUGGCCGGCUCGGCGCCACUGAGCGACUCUCCUCUGACAUCGCCCAAUCACGAACGGACGCCGGUGAACGCCAACCAGAUCAAGCCCAUCCCGGUCUCGCACGUGCCGCCUGUGCCAUCGUUUGAGAAGACGACCCGCAAGCCGGCCGCGACCUCGGCCAGACCGGCGGCGUCCACCACGCCCAACGCCUCGACCAACUCGCUACAGCAUCAGUCCAAGUCGUCUUCGUCGAGUCAGCACGCGCCUCGCCGAGCCGCCACCGCCGCCGCCGCCGAUGCUGCGCCACCCACUGCUUCGACCGCGGCGACCCCUGCCACCACCGCUGGCGCUUCGGCUCCGCCGUCGCUGAGGCAGCGGGCCGUGUCCCCGCCUCCGCAGAGGCAAAAGGACAAGGAGCGCAAGGGCGGCUUUGGCCUGUCGUGGUUCGGCCUGGGCAAGGACGAUGACGACGAGCGCGACCGCGCCGCCAAGCUCGAAAAGGAGAAGGAGCGGAAAAAGGAAAAGUACGAGCGGCGAGAGCGCAAGGAGCGCGAAAGGGAGGAGGAGCGCGAGCGGGAGAGGGAACGGGAGCGCGAGAGGGAAAAGGAGAAGGAGUCGUCGAGCUUCCUCGGAGCCCUCUUUGGCAAGAAAAAGGGCCCGGACGAAAGCCCUUCGAUGGGCGCGGCCGCCUCCAAGGGCUUCAACGGCCAAAUCACCGCGGGCAGCCUGCUGGACCGCAACAUGGCCGGCAUACACGCCCGGGCGGGGAUGAGCUCGUACCGCUACCCGAUCCACAUCGAGCGCGCCGUCUACCGGCUCAGCCACAUCAAGCUGGCCAACCCGAGGCGGCCGCUGUACGAGCAGGUGCUCAUCUCGAACCUGAUGUUCUGGUACCUCAGCAUUAUCAACCAGAGCCAGCAGCAGCAGCAGCAGCAGCAGCAGCAGCAGCAACAGCUGGCGCUCCAGAGGCAGCAACAGCAGCAGCACCAGCAACAGCAACAGCAACAGCAGCAACAGGCGCCGACGACCAUCGCUGGAUCAGACGUUGCUGCGGCUGGGGAUCACGAAUCGAAGGCGAACGGCGCGGACCAUGGCGCACCACCUGCCGCAGUCGUCGCACUUGCUCCGACCGGUGCGACCUUCGUCGACGCGUCUGCCAACGGCAGCGGCCCGUCGCCGAGCGAGUCUGCAAGCUCUGCCGCCGCUACUCAGGGUUCGGACAGGGCGAGCGCAGCCUACGGCGCUCCCGCAGCACCGACCGGCAAGCAGAAGCGCACAGGCUUGACCAAGCCGGACAGGGCACCCGCGGGUUCUGGACGCGGCCGAGCGGCCGAGAUGCCGAUGAAGCAGCCAGGCUACGGCGUGCAGCACCAGCAGAUCAACGACGAUCUCAAGACCAUGUCCAACCCGCUUGGCUAUGGCGGCCACAGCGGCAGCCCGGGCUCUGGCAUCGCCGCACAGAUUGCGAUCGCCGGGGGGUUUACCGUGGGUCAAGUGGUCGAUACCCAGACGCUGCAGGCCCACACGCCGUACCGACUUGUCAGCGAGAGCCCCUCGGCGCCGGACCGAGGCGUAGAGACGUGGACCGCGGCCAACGGCUCCACCUCCGACUACUUUGGCCUGGGCGACAGCUUUGGCGGCUCAACCCCGCUGUGGUCGGGCGUGCCGUCCGAGGGCGACCGGGGGGAUCUCGCCACAGCCACCGCCCAGGGUGCCGCGCCCGCACCGUCGUUGCCGUCGAGCAGCAGCAGCGAGGGUUCUGGGAGAGCUCGGGACUCUGUCGCCAAGGAGCUCGACUCGGGCGCGUGGAUCGGAGGAAAGCGCCGUUCAGAUGGGCCGCUGCCGCAAAAGCACGAGGUGGACAGAUCCAAAGAUCAGUCCCGCAACAGCGAUGGCGGCGGCGUCAUAAAUGGCCGGUCACACGGAGGCAGCGCCAGUAGGGGCUCGGCGAGGCCCUCGUCGUCGGCUUCGUCAUCCUCAUCACGAGGAGGCUUUUCGGCUUCGCCCGCAUCGUCUUCCAGCGCUCAGAGGCGGAGCGAGCCGGUGCAGGGGCACGAGGGCGGCUUCUCCAGCCGGCCGGAUCGCGAUCGGAGCGAGCGUACCAGCGACCCUGCUCCCCAGCGUCGGGCCGCGCCCAGCUCCGGUGCGGGCUCGGGCUCAGGCCCCGGGUCGGCACCUCCGCACAUUGACAGCUUCGACAGGUCCAGCUCCGGCAAGGCGGCCGAGCCAACGGGCAGCGGCUGGAUCGGCGACGUCCUCGUCGACCAUUCCAAAGGCCAGCUCAAGCUCGCCGAGAUCCCCGGCUCGAGCGCCGUCCUCGAGGCGGCGGCGAGGACAAGUCAAUCGCGACGGCGCUGA